GCUUCCGCUCCUUGUCCUUCUCCGAUUUUUUUUUUUUCUUUUUUUUUUCCUUGAUCCCCUUCAAAAACCCUACCCGCCGAAGGGGACGACGAGGACCUUCAAUCCCCGUGACCUGCAUCGAAACCCUAACGAAACUUUUGAGGAUCUGUUAGGGAGUUCCAGAUGGAGAUAGGCGAAGGAGGAGGGUCUCGGCAUGGAGAAGAGGAGAGGAGAGGAGACGAAGAAGAGCAAGAAAAGGAGAACGAAGAAGAUGUAGCGGUGGAGGAGGAGGAGGAGGAGGAGGAGGAGGGUGAUGAUGAGGAAUACGCAAUAGAAUUCGAUGAAGAGACGAACCCCCUCGACUUCAUUGAGGAGGCCGCGGAUGGCGUCGAGCUCUACCAGCAAUUCGAGCGGCUCGAGUACGAGGCGCUCGCCGAGCGGAAGCGCAAGGCCCUCCAGGACCGGAUAGAUCGGGGUGAGCCCUCCAAGAAGCCACGACGAGAUGAGUUCUUGGGCGCCACAAUGGAAGAGAUCAAUGAGAUGAUGAACUUUGGGAUGCGCAGGAGGAAUAGGUCGCGAGCUCCUAAGAAAAGGGGGAGAAAGAAGGGGUCGAGGAAUAAAUUCACCCAUGAAGUUAGUCGGAAAAUUGGUGAUGCUACUCUUCAUUAUGCAUCUGGAGACUAUGAAGAGGCAAUUCCUUUAUUGGAAGAGGUUGUGUUGCUUGCGCCAAAUUUACCUGAUGCAUAUCAUCUACUUGGACUAAUAUAUGAAGCCAUGGGCGACAGAAUGAAAGCUAUUAAUUUUCACAUCCUUGCUGCAUACUUAUCACCGAAGGAUCCGUCAUUGUGGAAAAAGCUUGUAUCUUGGUCAAUAGAACAAAAGAAUAGUGGUCAGCUUAUGUAUUGUCUUAAGAAGGCUAUAACUGCAGAUCCAAACGACGUAGGCCUUAAGUUUGACAUUGCUUUACUGCAAUUUGAAAUGGGGGAAUAUAAGAAAGCUGCAGAAUCAUAUGAGCAGAUACUAGAGAUCUAUCCUGCCAACAUUGAAGCACGCAAAAUGGCCUCGAAGAUGUAUCGGAAAUGUGGUCUACCCGACAGGGCAAUCAGUUUACUUGAAGAUCAUGUCAAUCUUCCUAAUUCUAAAGUGGACUUGAAUGUUGUAGAUCUUCUAGUUUCCUUGUAUAUGGACAAAAAUGCACAUAAUGAGGCACUUAGGCAUAUCGAGAAUGCACGGCUAGCACUUGGCUUUGAGAAACUGCCUGCAAGUCUAAACACGAAAGCAAUAAUCUGCCAUGCUCAUCUUGGAGAGAUGGAACCUGCUGAGGUCUUUUUUCAGGAUAUUCAAAUGGAAAAUUCUCCGGCUAAAGGAGAUUGGAUAUUGGAAGUUGCUGACUCAUUUGCUUCUUUGGGGCAGUAUGAUUAUGCAGUAAAAUUGUACUCCACACUAGAGGAGAUUGUUGGUGAUAAAAAUGGUAAAUUGUAUCUUAAAGUUGCUCAAUGUUACAUAUCCAUGAAGGAAAGUGGAAAAGCUAUUCCGUUCUUCUACAAAGCUUUAUCUAAAAUGGAAGACGACAUUGCUAUCCGAUUAACUCUAGCCUCCGUCCUUGUAGAAGAGGGAAAGGAAGAUGAAACUAUUAUUUUGCUUUCCCCUCCUAAAAGUUCAGAUAUUGCACAAUCCAAACCUUGGUGGCUUAAUGGGAAAAUUAAAUUGCAGCUUGCAAAAGUUUAUCGUGACAAAGGGAUGCUGGAAGCCUUUGCUGAUACUAUCUUUCCAUCACUUCGUGAAACAUUAAUUAUUGAAUCCAUGAAUCAGAAGGUGCGACCUGCAAAAAAGCUCCCAAAAACUGUUCUAUUUGAGAGAGCCAAGUUGUUGGGUGAACAACAACCUCAGAACAUUUUUCACGGGUUUAAACCAAUCGGAACAACAGCAGAGUUGGCCAAAGCGGCUAGAGCAAAGAAAUUGCUACAAAAGAAGGCAUCUUUAAGAGCUGAAAGGAAAGCAGCAGCAAUAGCUGCUGGCUUGGAAUGGCAAAGUGAAGAUUCAGAGGAUGAAACUCCGCGGAAGGAAAUACAAGAACCUCCUCUUCCAGGACUGUUAAUGAACAUGGAGGGCCAUCAACUUAUAUUAGAUCUUUGCAAAGCAUUGGCAUCAUUGAAACGAUAUCGGGAGGAACUGGAGAUUAUUAACCGCACUCUCAAAGUGGCCAACAAUGCAUUAUCUGAGGAGAAAAAAGAAGAGCUUCGAUCAUUGGGCGCACAAAUUGCAUAUAGCACCGGAGAUCCGAAGCAUGGAUACAAUUAUGUACGUCAUAUAGUUCAGCAACAUCCUUAUAGCAAUGCUGCGUGGAACUGCUUCUAUAAAGUUGUUUCAAGAGUGGAAAAUCGGUUUUCGGGGAAAUUCCUAAACCGGAUGAAGGCAGCAUGGAGAGACUGUGUACCACCAAUAGUUAUUAGUGGCCAUCACUUUACUGCAAUUAGCCAGCAUCAAGCAGCUACUCGUGAUUAUUUGGAAGCUUAUAAGCUGCAGCCUGAUAAUCCUCUUAUUAAUUUAUGUGUUGGCAUCUCUUUGAUUAAUUUAGCUCUCGGUUUUAGGCUUCAGAACAAGCACCAGUGUGUCGUCCAAGGGUUUGCAUUUCUCUACAAUUAUUUACGCAUCUGCGACAACAGCCAGGAAGCUUUGUACAAUGUAGCUCGGGCUUACCACCAAGUCGGCCUUGUAACACUUGCCGCUGCUUACUAUGAGAAGGUUCUAGCAAUUAAGGAGGAGGACCACCCGAUUCCCAAGCUCCCCUAUGAGGGUUCAAGUACUAGAGAAAAAGAUCUGAGGCCAGGUUACUCUAACCUGCACAGGGAGGCCGCUUAUAACUUGCACUUAAUUUACAAGAAAAGUGGAGCAACAGAUCUUGCGAGACAGAAUGCUAUUGGUGGAUCGACGGAACACAUAUUUCAGUAGUGGUCCGAAGGAGCAAACAAGCACCAUUUCGCUGUCGGAAAUGGUUUACCUCACAAAAUAUGAUGGCUGCCGUGUCAAUUGAUCAAAAUUUUGUAUUUGUAUGCACAGGUUGGGAAGGAUCUGCUGCCGAUAUGAGAGUACUUCGAUGGGCGUGCGAAACUGGUGGUUUCGUUGUUCCCGAAGGUAGCGAUGCUAAUUAUUUCCUGCUUAUAAUAUAUAUAUGAUUAUAUUACUGAUAAUUCGCAUGUACUUAACAACUGGUAAUUAUCUUAUUCGCAGGUAAGUAUUACUUAGUAGACUCGGAAUACGCAAAUACAGAUAGAUUUCUUGCACCCUAUAGAGGAGAGCAUUACCAUAUUAGUCAAUUUGACGCUAACACACGGGCCCGCGUUCAUCGAAAUCCACGAGAUUUGUAUAACCACCGGCAUGCUCAAUUUAGAAAUGUGAUCGAGAAGACAUUUGGCAUUUUGAAGAAGCGUUUUGAAAUUCUCAAUGUAGCAACACCGUAUCCGUAUAAAGUGCAAUGCUUGAUUGCUAUGGCAUGUUGUAUACUACAUAACUUUAUUCGCCGUCACCAAGCAAAUGAUAACAUAUUUUCUGACGAGCCAGAUGAACAGGACGCUGAAGAUGAAGAACGCGUUUUUUAGGAUGAAAUGAUGACUCCCAAAAUGGUGAGGAUCUCCGUGCUAAUAUUACAAACUAAUUGUGGAGCAGUAGAACAUAGUUCGCUAUAAAUUUGAAAAUUGUAUUGUUAUUUGGUAGAACUAAGUGCAGUGGUUGUAUUGGAAUUUGACUAAACUAAGAUGUUGAUGUAUGAGAUGCAUAUGGUUUGUAAUACUUGUUUCUUUGUAACUUUGGAACAUGUAGUAAUGUUAGAAAUUGUGAUGAGCUUUUCUUGUUUGCGUUUGUUUA